AUGGCGGCUCCCAUAGCCGCCGGUUGUGACCGUAACAAAGAUGGCGGCGGCGGCUUCCUGCCGGGGACGCCAGGCGGCGCGACGCGCAGGCGCAGUAGGGAAGGGGGGGGCAGCGCCGGUGGUGCCCGGGCUGGGAUGGCGGAGGGCAGCUCGGGGGACGCGGGCGCCGCGGGCAGCCUGCGGCCGGGGCUCCCGGGGGCACGGGGGCUGCUGGGGAGGCGCCCGGCCCCCCCCCUCAGCCCCGGCCGCCUGCCCUCCAUCCGCUCCCGGGACCUCACCUUGGGAGGCGUAAAAAAGAAAACCUUCACCCCCAACAUAAUCAGCAGGAAGAUCAAGGAAGAGCCCAGAGAAGAUGUCACCGUCAAGAAGGAGAAGAAGGAGCGGGAGCGGGACCGGCAGCGCGAUGGGCACGGCCGGGGUCGGGGCCGGCCCGAGGUCAUCCAGUCCCACUCCAUCUUCGAGCAGGGCCCGGCCGAAAUGAUGAAGAAAAAAGCGGGCUCCUGGGACAAGGCGCUGGACGUGUCGGACUUCGGCCCCUCGCACAUCAUCAACAUCAAGAAGGAGAAGAGGGAGACGGACGAGGAGACGAAGCAGAUCCUGCGCAGGCUGCAGAAGGACGACUUCCUGGACGACCCGGGGCUGAAGAACGACAUCCGCAACAAGCCGGUGCAGCUGCCCCUCGCCCACUCGGGCUGGCUCUUCAAGGAGGAUGCAGCGGAGGAGCAGGAGGACGCGCAGCCCUGGCUGCCCAAGAGGAAAAGACAGAGCCAGGAUCCCCCCCUCAAAGUGAAGGAAGAGCCGUGCGACGAGGACCCCCCGGGUGCCACCAAACCCGCACGGGGCCCCCCCGGUUUCCCGCGGGACAUCCCGGUGGCCGAGCUGCUGCAGAGGCUGAGCCUGGCGGCCGAGGACGAGCUGCUGUUCCUACAGCUGCCCGACACGCUGCCCGGCCAGCCGCCCACCCAGGACACCAAACCCAUCAAGACGGAGCUGCAGACCGAGGAAGGGCAGGUGGUGGUGGUGAAGCAGGAGAAGAGCCAGGAGGCGAGGCAGGCGGAGAACACGUGCACCCUGGCCGACCUCCCCGAGGGGCAGGUGGGGAAGCUGCUGGUCCGCAAGUCGGGGAAGGUGCAGCUGGUGCUGGGCAAGGUGACCUUGGACGUGACCAUGGGGACCCCCUGCUCCUUCCUGCAGGAGCUGGUGUCGGUCGGCAUCGGGGACAGCCGCACGGGCGAGAUGAUCGUCCUGGGCCACAUCAAGCACAAGCUGGUUUGCUCCCCGGACUUCGAGGCCCUGCUGGAGCACCGCCACCGGUAGCCCCAUGGCAGGGGGGGGGCAAUGAGCCAAAGGUGCCCCCCCCCUGCCUGCAGUGCCCCCCCGGAGGGCUGUGGAGAGGGGUCUUCAGCAGCCGGAUCCGACCUCGGUGCUGUGCGCCCUGCAAGGGAGCAGCGGCGGGGAUGGGGGGUGCAGCUCUGCGCCCCCACAAAAAGAGGGUUU